GCAAGGUUAAUUCGUUAUUUGGCGUUUGUGAAUCAUUGAUGCCAUUGGUUUACGGGCCCAUGUACAGUUCUAUUUAUGCAACGACCAUGAACACAUUUCCGGGAGCGUUUUUCAUAGUCGGUGGUUGCAUGACUAUACCAGCUGUUUUCGGUUUCUUAUGGCUUUACUCGGAACACAGAAGAGAUCGAAUAUUAUUGGAAAGAGAAACUAACGUUAAUGUUAAUGACGAGGAACAAGAUGAAAAAAUAACAAAAGUUUUAACUAUAAGUGAAAGAAAGGAAAGCUGUUGUGCUACGAAUGGUGUUGAAAAUAUGGCAUUUGAAACUGAACACCUAUAACGAGAAUUGUAUUAGUUGAACGAAAACAAAUUUAUGUAACUAUCAAAAAAUUAUAAUUGUAUACGUAUAUUGUAAACUUGCAAUAUGUUGAUAAACAAAUGUUCAAUUGAUUACGGACAAUAUUUAAAAAAAAUUGUCAUUGGUUUAAGAAGACAAAUGCAUCGCAUUAAGGAGAACAAAUAAACGUAAGAAUAAUUCGAAACGAUUUUAUCAUUCGCGUGUGUAAAGUAAUUGAUUAAAAGUUAAAAAUUAAAUUAAAAAAGAAAAUGUAGGAGGAAUUUAAUAAGAAAAUCAAGAAGGUAAUUUACAAGGUGUUGUUACUUGUAAGUAAGAUUUUAUUAAGACAUUUAAUGAUUCUCAGUUAGUUAUUAUUUAAAAAACUAAGACAUAUAUAUAUAUAUGUGUGUGUGUUGAGUAAAGUAAUACACGUCCAGUUAAAUAAGUAUCUUUCGUAAUCUUUUUUUGUGUCUUACAAUUUAUUAAAGACUAAUUAUCUUUUCGAUAUUUAUAUAAAACAAAAUCAUUCUCGUCGAGAGUUUAUUUCUCGAUGUUUAAAAAAAAAAAUAAUAUUGUAAAAGUUUAUUAGUCAAU